AUGAAUGCUUGGGAACGAUCGUCGACGCGGGAUUACUCGCCGCCUGCGCGUAGCUCGUACGAUCGUGAUUCGUACGAUCGUCGUGAUCGUGAUCGUGACAGCACUCGCCGUGAUCGCGAUCGUGACCGUGACUACUACAGUAGCAGCAGUCGCGAUCGCGAUCGCGGCUAUGAUAGCAGCAGCAGUCGCGAUUACAGUCGUGACUAUGAGCGUGAUCGUUACCGUCGUCGCGAUUCGCCCGAGCGUAACCGGCGCGAAAGCAGCCGUAGCAGCAGUGACUACCCGCGGGUUAAGCAGGAACGCCACUCGCCGGAUUCGGACCGCGAGGAGAUGCGAUCGGUCACGUCUCGAUCCAGCGAUGCCCACCGAGUUUGA